AUGUCCACAAAGAAAUACAACUUCAAUUCCGCUCUGGUCAUCGGAGGCUGCGGCUUCCUCGGCGGCCACAUCGUCUCCCACAUCCUCGACAGCGACCCCUCCAUCUCCAUCUCCGUCAUGGACCUCCGCAUCCCCAACACCCCACCCCACCCCUCCGUCGCCUACCAUGCCGGCGACAUCACCUCCCUGGACGACAUGACCCGCAUCAUCCAAUCCACCCGUCCAGACGUGAUUAUCCACACCGCAUCCCCCGUACACGGCAUGGGCCGCGAUAUCUACUUCAAAGUCAACGUCGAAGGGACACGCACAAUUUGCCGCGCGGCGAAAGCUGAGGGUGUGAAAGCAAUGGUAUUCACCAGUUCGGCGGGCGUGGUGUUCGAUGGGGAUGACCUCAUUAACGUUGACGAGAGUGCGCCGAUCCCCGUGGUUGCGAUGGAUGCGUAUAACGACUCCAAAGCCGAAGCAGAGAAACUCGCUCUCGGCGCGAAUUGUGACGAGUUCCGCGUGUGCGCAAUCCGUCCCGCUGGGCUCUUCGGCGAGGGGGAUCGUCAGUUGAUCCCCGGAAUGCUCUCCGUCCUCGCGAACGGACAAACUCAUUUCCAACUCGGCGACAAUCUCAAUUUAUUCGAUUUCACAUACAUCCUCAACGCCGCGCACGCCCACCUCCUUGCCGCCAACCAAAUACUCUCCCCAGACCCUUCUAUCGUCUCCACCGUCGCCGGCGAAGCUUUCUUCAUCACAAACGCCAGCCCAAUCUACUUCUGGGAUUUCCCGCGUACACUCUGGUCCCACCUCUCCCACGUCUCAAGCCGGCACCUCAUCCUCCCGCGUUCCCUCGCCGUGGUUCUCGCGGGCGCUGCGGAGUGCUGGAGUUGGAUCGUGGGGAAGGAGCCGGGCUUUACGCGGUUUAGGGUAAAGUUCUCGUGUGCGAAUCGGUAUUAUAAUAUUGGGAAGGCGAGGAGGGUGUUGGGGUAUGAGCCGAUUGUGGGCUUGGAGGAGGGGAUUAGGAGGAGUUUGGCAUGGGUUGAUGAGGAGAAGGCGAAGGAGGGGAAGUGA